AUGGCGGACGGCAUACCAAUAACCAGGAGAGGCAACCAUGCAGACCCUUCUAGCGCGCACAGCGGCACGACUCGGAACAUCCGCGCCAACGACGAGCCGGAGACGCUGGAACAGACCGAAGCAAGGACAGCGUAUUUCGAUUGGAAGCGCCUGUUGCGAUUGCAACUUGGCAGCAUAUACGGCAAUGGCCUGUCAUCCCUGGACAAUUUUUGGGGUAGAGCUGCCGACAUACUCGACGGGGACGGCCGAGACUGGCACCAAAUGCUCGUCAAGGACCUCAUGGAUGAGACGUCAUCCGGCCGCCAAUACAUCAAUACCACGAUUGCCCUCGAUGUAAUGGCCAAGGACAGCCCGAGUACAAGGAGGUCUAUCGCCGAUAAUUUCAUCAAGGCCAUGGCUCACCCGUCCCUACUCGACUGUCUCUCGGUCGGUACAUAUGUCGGGGAGCUGUAUCACAUUGCCAGUGGCGCCAAUGGAGCGGCCGCUUUAGACUUAAUUGCCAAGUAUUGCAAAAAACUCACUUCUUCCUACGAGAAAGCCCUUGGAAUUCAUGCCCUGGAAAGUAUCGAAACAUCUUUCAAGAGGGCGUCGACUCUGGUCGGCGAGCUCCUUCGCCGACGAUAG